UCUUCGCUGUGUUGAUAACGCUUUUCAUUUACAGAAUACGGUGGGUGUUUCAACUCCUUUUACCUAGGUAGUGGCAUCGCUCUCGAUGUUUUGGAAAUUAUUGUCGUCUGCUUUUGUCGGAGCUGCAAUUGUUCUCUUUAUUUGGGAAAUUUGUUCCGCAGGGUUUCUCAUUUAUUUGCGAGGAUUCGUUUUUAGCCGAAAAUGUCGAAGUACUGCAUUACUGCAUGGGAAGACAGUUCUUAUCACAGGUGGCAAUACUGGAAUUGGUAAAGAGACUGCUCUUGAUCUGGCUGGAAGAGGUGCUAAAGUUAUAAUUGCAUGUAGGGAUGUAGAAAAGGGAAAUGAUGCAGUUGAAGAAAUACAACAAAAAGUGCCUGAUGCAAACAUAAUUGUAAAACAUUUAGAUCUUGCAUCAUUGAGAUCUAUUCGAAAAUUUGCAGAGGACAUAUUACAUAGUGAACCAUUUAUUCAUAUUCUUAUAAAUAAUGCAGGUAUUGCUGGAUGUCCAAAAUCAAAAACAGAAGAUGGAUUUGAAAUGCAGUUUGGAGUUAAUCAUCUUGGACAUUUUUUGCUCACUAAUUUACUAUUAGAACGGAUUAAAGUUUCAUCUCCAGCAAGGAUUGUGAAUGUAUCUUCUUUGGCUCAUAUAUUUGGCAAGAUCAAUUUUAAUGAUAUAAACUUGGAUCACGGAUACCAUCCGCUACUUGCUUAUGCUAGAAGCAAACUUGCUAAUAUACUUUUUACAAGAGAGUUAGCCAAAAGACUGAAAGGAACUGGCAUCAAUACAUAUUGUUUACAUCCUGGAGUUGUUCAUACAGGAUUAGGUCGCCACUUAGGGCAUUCCAUAAGUAGAAUCAUUGGUGUAAUUUAUCAAGGAUGCAGCAGAAUGUUUUUCCUUAGUCCAUAUAAAGGAGCACAGACAACAAUUUAUUGUGCUGUUGAAGAAUCCUUAGCCUAUGAUUCAGGCUACUAUUAUAGUGACUGCACAAAAGUACAACCAUCAACAAGAGCUACAGAUGAUGAUUUGGCCAAAAAAUUAUGGGAAGUCAGUGAAAACUUAGUUUCUGUUUAAUAUAUGCCUUGUUUUAUUCAAUAGUACAAAAAUGAACAAUUUUAAUAGCCAAAGAAUUUGUCAUUAAACUGAGAAAUCUGUAUUUAUAAUAAAUUUAUUAUUCUUGAAA